UCUAGUAGUCCUAGAAAUGGGAUUGUGGUCAGGUGUAAUGCUAGUUUACGUCUCACUCUGGAGUAUCUGAAUCUGGAAUAUGAGGCUUUUUUUAUAUUUUGAUCCAGCCUUUUUGCAAUUGUGUCUACAACUGUGUUUCUGACAGCAACCCCACUACCAGGAGGGGUGAAGAGCAGUGAUGAGACCCUUACUGAAUGGUUGGUGGUUACUAGGGGCAUGGCUAUGGUUGCUUGGUGUCCCGGGAAUAUGGGCAAUGACCUACAAGAUUGCUUUGAUUGGUCCAUGGACAUGUGAUAUUUUGUUCUCACGGGCAUUGCCGAGGGCAGCAGUUAACUUAGCCUUGUCACGGCUAAAUAAAGAUCCUCGACUAAAGGGUGGUUACUGGUAUGAUGUCAAGCUUCUCACCGAGUCCUGUAGUUCUUCCCACGGUCUGGCUGACCUCGCCGGGCUGAAGGGCUAUGGCCAUGCCUACCUCGGACCCUUUAACCCUGCACUUUGUUCUGCCGCUUCCCUAUAUGCCAUUCAUUGGGAGGCCGGGCUUCUGUCCCCAGGUUGUCUGAAUACUGAUAGAAAGACCCAAGUAUCACUCCCCCCCAUAACACCUCCUUCACACAUCCUUUUCACCAUACUGAGAUUCUUCCGCUGGGCACAUGUGGCUGUCGUAUCAGUUCCUAGCGACCUAUGGGAGGCGACGGGAGAGGAAGUUGCAUCAUCACUGCGGGGACUGGGAUUGCCAGUUGGCCCAGUGAUUACCAUGGAGAUGAAGAAGGAGGGGCCCCGUGCCACACUGAGGACCAUUAUGGAGGCUGACAAGGUCAAAGUUGUGAUCAUGUGUAUGAGCUCCGUAUUAGUUGGAGGAGAGGAGCAGCGUGACUUGCUUUUGACUGCAUUGGACAUGGACAUGGUGUCAGAUGGAUAUGUGUUCUUGCCCUACGACACGCUACUAUACGCUCUGCCCUAUCAGGAUACAGCAUUUUCUGGAUUAGCCAAUCAGACACGACUGUUACGCCAGGCCUACGAUGCAGUGGUAACAGUCACCAUGGACUCAGAAGAGAACUUCUAUGAUACAUACCGGCAGGCGCAGAAGAAUCAUGAAAUAAAGAGUCGUGUCCCCGCUGAGGAGGUAUCCCCUCUCUUUGGUACCAUCUACAACAUGGUAUACUUUGCUGCCAUGGCCAUAGAGGAGCGUCGUCAGUCAAAGGGCGGGCAGUGGGUGACUGGUGAUGAUCUUGGCCAAUCGGAGGGUGGUUUUGAAUUCCAAGGUUUCAAUCAGGUCAUCUCUGGUGGGGAAAAGGGUAAAGGGAUGCAGACACGCUAUGUUGUGCUGGACUCAGAUGGAGGCGAAAAACUGCUCCCCACACACACCCUGGACCCCUCACAGACAUACACUGAACUACGACCUCUGGCUCGGUCCAUUUAUUUCCCUGGGGGGAAACCACCCUCAAGCAGCUACUGUUGGUUCAGCUCUGAAACCGCUUGUAGAGGAGGGAAAGACAGUCUCCUGCUUUUUCUAGGAUGUCUACUGGCUGUGUGUGGUGCAGUCUGUACUUUCCAAUACAGGAAGCGUGGCAAAGGAAUAAUUAGUAAACGGGUACUGACACUCGACAACCUCGUCUUUAUCAACGCAAACGCUAGCAGGAGGAAGCUCAAUGAAGAGAGUAUCAUGAGGUCUCUGUUGGAAGUGCGGACUCCACUUCGCUCCCUCUCUGGUUGCUGCUACAUCCCAGCCACACCUGAGAGUUCUAAUGUUUGCAUAUUGGAGGGCGACUAUGCCUGGCUAAAGAAAUGUCCAAAUGGGAAGAAGGUGUUAAAUGUAAACCGUACCACAAAGGCCUUGUUCUACGAGCUGAGGGAAAUGCGGCAUGAAAAUGUGAACCUCUACCUGGGACUUUUCCUGGAUGCUGGCAUUUUUGCUAUUGUUAUGGAUCACUGCCCCCGAGGCAGCCUGUUUGACAUCCUGGCCAACCCUAACAUGAGACUGGACUGGAUGUUCAAGUCAUCUCUCCUCACCGAUCUCAUCAAGGGAAUGAAGUAUCUGCAUACGCAUGGUCUCUCUCAUGGACGUCUUAAGUCUCGUAACUGCCUGGUCGAUGGACGAUUUGUUCUCAAAGUGUCAGACUACGGCUAUUCCACAAUCCUCAAUUCUCAGAAACUCAGCCCACCAGAAGAACCUGAGGAUUUGCUGUGGACAGCCCCAGAGUUAUUGCGGAGACCUCAGCAAGGUGGUUCGUUUCCCGGAGAUGUGUACAGCUUUGCCAUCAUCAUACAGGAAGUAAUCUUACGCUCUGCCCCUUAUGCCAUGAUGGACAUGCCUGCAAAAGAGAUCAUUGACAGGGUGCGUUGUCCCCCACCACUGUGUCGGCCGUGUGUGAAUUUAGAGGAGGCUCCGCUGGAAUGUAUCACACUCAUGAAGGAGAGCUGGGAUGAAAAACCAGAAAGGCGACCUACCUUCCAGGAAAUAUUUACACAGUUUCACAGUGUAAACAAGGGGAAAAGGGCUAACAUCAUAGACUCAAUGCUGAGGAUGCUGGAGCAGUAUUCAUCCAAUCUGGAGGACCUGAUCAGAGAGCGAACUGACGAACUGGAGGUCGAGAGAAACAAGACAGAGAAGCUAGUGGGACAGCUUCUACCCAGAUCAGUAGCCCAGGCUCUGAAGAAAGGGAAGCCAGUACAGCCAGAACAUUAUUCAGACUGCACUCUCUACUUCAGCGACAUUGUUGGCUUCACCACCAUCUCAGCACUCAGCGAACCCAUUGAGGUGGUGGAUUUGUUAAACGAUCUCUACACAACAUUUGAUGCCAUCAUCGCAUUCCAUGACGUCUAUAAGGUGGAGACAAUAGGGGAUGCAUACAUGUGUGCAUCCGGUGUUCCUAACAGAAAUGGGAACCGUCAUGCUGCGGAGAUGUCAAACAUGUCUUUAGACAUUCUCCACGCAAUUGGAAACUUUCGCAUCAAGCACAUGCCUGAUGUCAAGGUCAAGAUUCGCAUUGGACUGCACUCUGGUCCAGUGGUAGCUGGUGUUGUGGGUCUGACUAUGCCAAGGUACUGUCUGUUUGGAGACACAGUCACCACAGCAUCCCUUAUGGAGUCUUCAGGACUGCCAUACAGGAUUCACUUGAAUGUAAGUACAGUGAAGAUUCUACAGAGUCUGAAUCAGGGCUACAAGUUUGCCACCAGAGCCAAAGACAUAAAGGUAAAGGACAGUCAGGACACUUACUGGCUGCUUGGAAGAGAUGGCUUCACCAAACCACUUCCUGUUCCUCCUGACCUAUCACCAGGGGCCAGUAACCAUGGAAUCAGUCUAGAUGAAAUUCCAGCGGACCGCAGACAGAAGUUCCUUGACCGGCAGAACAAAAACAAACAAAACAAAAAAUAACAACAUGAUGCUGAAAUAUUUCCUAUUUGUGUAGCUCUACUUAGUCUUUAGUGUUACUACUACUGUUACCUCUCAGCUUUAAAUACAUCAGUCUCUCCAGAAUUCUACAUCGAUUUAUUAUGACACCUUCUAGUGCAAUAAUAUUCCAAGUAUAUACAUCAUGUGACCUAUGUUAAACUACCAGAGUUCCCACGGCUCCUUGAAAAGUCUUAAAAGGUCAAAAUAUCAGAGGAAUGGUCAUAAAUUGUCAUAAAUUUACCAUAAAUUUGCAGAUGGUGCAUUUUAGGCUGAUGGGGGGAAAUUGUAGCCCACAGUGGAACAGCAGGUAAAAUGUCUAAUUAGCGUGUAUUUGUUUAACAGUCUUAGACAACGAGAAACUCCGCCAUUAAUACACGUUUUACCUUACGUUAGCUAGCUACAAUGACGUCUGGCUGCUUGUCAUCCUUUUGUUGUCGUCAGUAGUUGCUAGAUAGGGGUGAACCAAGAUGGGGAGAUGCAUGUUUAAUGAAAAAAGGUUGGAGGAAGUUAAGCUUCGGAGGUGGCCGACACCUUCAGGAAACAAGUAGGCAUACAAGGCAAGGUGCAAUUUGGAACUGGCUUCAAGGGCCAGAUUUUAAUACCCCUGACCAAGAUCGUGAAAUUAAGAGAGCAGUAGAGCUAUGAAACAUAUCUUGAGGAGAGUUUGGGUUGGUGUUCCGAUACAAUGAUGGGGGAUGUUGAAUAGCUUACAUUGGAGCUACCCUACAGCCAUCAGCCAUCAACCGUUAUGGAAUCACCCCUUUGAAAUUAAUGACUGCUGCUACACUACUCACAUUGCGUCACGUCCAGUGGCAGCUUCCAAGCUUCACAAAACUCUGAGGUUGAAUUCUUGAUGGCCGACGCGUGCAUUAAUUCUGUCUUGUGACUUGAAAUAAUAAAUUUAUAGAUUUUUCAUACAAAUAAUUUUAACUCAGAGUGGCCUAUUAUGUAGGGCAGGGCUGGCCAACCCUGUUCCUGCAGAGCCACUGUCCUGUAGGUUUUCUCUCCAACUCUAAUUUAGCACACCUGAAUCUAAUAAUUAGCUGGAAUGAAAAGCUACAUAAUGGCACUCAUUUAUCAAAAGUGCGUACACCAAAUUUCCAGCGUGCACCUGGCGUACACCCAAAACCACGGUGACU